CUCUCCCAUUGAGUGAGUGCUGUCUAGUGUGUUAGCCAACUGACUCGGCUUUCCUGGUAUUUGUGUGUGAAGGGAAGCUGCUUAUGUGGCGAGCGAGAGAGGGAUACAGUCGAGGGGGAGAGUGUAUUCCUCUGUCAUGUUUCUAUGCAAACAGGUGGGAUGGGCACAGCUCGGGGGUUAGAGCAGUGGACUGCUACAAAUCCGCCCAAUCAAAUGAACGUUGGUCUUGACUUCCUACAUUCUCUCACGGAACACACAAGACUCCUCCACCUCCAGCAAACAAGGCUCCACACUGCUGCCCGACCCCUCACCACCACCUCUGAUACGCCUCCCAACUACAACUCCCAGGCUGCCGUGCUGCAGGCGUGCGUCUGCCUUAGCCUUCCCUCAGACUGGCAGAGCCGGCUGGGUCAGGGGCUCUGGGAGGAGGUCAGGGGGCGCGCCGGACGAGGGCCCUCCGAGGUCAAAGGUCGUCAGGGAGGGGGAGACGUGCGCGACGUUGCUAGGGCCCUGGAGCAUGUUGAGGGGCUGCCGUUGCCAUGGAGCUGCAGGAUAAGAAGCAGGAGGAGGUGGUUGUGUCUCUGGGUCUGGCCACAGGAGAGGCUCUCCUCACCCUGAAGGAGCAGCUGAGCGGUCUGCUGGAGCAGCACCAGAAGACAGGCCACAGACGCUGCUCUGUGCAGGAGCAGUGGGCGAAGAGCUUCCUUCAUCAUGGUAACCGCCAUUCUUGCCUCCAUUGGCCGGGAGCCGCCCUCACGCUGCUGGUGGUUUUGGGAUUGCUCUGUUGCUAUGGCAGCCAGCCUUUGGGCAGUCGGGGUCUGGAGGUGGCGAGCGCCCUGGCUCUCCUGCUGCUGCUGCUGCUGAACCUGUGGCUGGUGGGGCGACAGCAGAGGCUGAAGAAGAGCGAGAUGGUUCGCCGUCUGAGGAGCAUCAUCACACAGAUGGACGACUACAUGUCAGGCUGUGCGGGCGAGAGCGUGCGCUGGUCUCCCUCCCUCUACCCUGACCUGUACACGCCCUCGUCUCCCUCCUGGUCUCUCCACUGGACCUACCGCGACUCCCAGCUGGUCAACCUGCCCGUGGCGUUGCUGGUGGAGGGGGACGUGAUCGCCCUGCGCCCCGGCCAGGAGGCCUUCGCCUCGCUCAGGGGCAUCAAGGAUGACGAGCACAUCGUUCUGGAGCCAGGAGACCUGUUCCCCCCCUUCUCCCCCCCUCCCUCCCCCCGGGCCAGCGAGAAGAGGGGCCCCCAGAGCCCCCAGCAGCAACGCCUCUUCCGGGUGGUCCGCACCCCCAUACUGGACAGUGUCAGGAACAGCCUGGACCUGGCUCUGUCUGGGCCAAUCACGUCGCUGGAUAAUGAGCGCUUCACAGUGCAGUCCAUCAUGGCCAAGCUGGCCUGUCCCAUCGUGCUGCUGGCGUUCCUGCUGGUGAACACGGUGCGGUUCUUCUGCGACGCUCCCAACCUCACCCCCGCCUGCUGGCACCUCCUCCAGCUACAGCUGCUGGGCGUGCUCCCCAUCCUGCCUCUCCUGUUCCCAGUGCUCUGGGUCCUGGUCAACGCCUACGGGGAGGCCCGCGUCCUAGCAGAGUCCAGCCGCGCCUCUCCUACCGGCCUGCUUGCUAAGUUUUCUGAGGACACUCUAAGCAGCUACACAGAAGUGGUGUCCUCCCAGUCUUGGCCGAGCAGUCUACUUCUUUCUCAUUGGGAGAUGCUGCGGUGUGUGUGGAGACACCUGGUGGCCAUCCUGAAGGGGGAGUCUCAGACCCUGUGCUAUACCUCCAGCCUGCUACACUCACUGGGGUCUGUCACUGUCCUGUGCUGUGUGGAUAAGCAGGGCAUCUUGUCGUGGCCUAACCCCAGCCCAGAGACCGUUCUGUUCUUCAGCGGGCGAGUCGAACCGCCCCACGACAGCCAGGACGACCUGAGAGACGACCUGUCAGACAACUCCUUCUGCCGCAUGGAGACGGACGACGACCGCGAGGUCGAGCAGCAAGUCUCUAAUUGGUCAGCGCUACUGCCCGUCCAGGCCCUGGAGGCGGAGGCUUUGCUGCGUCGUCCAAUGACAGACUCCCCUUUGCACCUGGGGGAGGGGCACGAGCCCAGCGAGACGUCCCAUGACACGGCCCAGUCCUCGGACGUGCUCCACCCACGGCUCGUGUGCCCGCCGCCGCCCCACACGCGAAACAAACACCCCUCAGGCUCCAACGUCAGCUUCAGCCACGACACCGAGGGGGGCCAGGACGAGCUCACGCAGGACCAGGACCGCGUGGGCUGCCCCGAGGCCGAGGCGGAGGACUUUGUGUGCGACUACCACCUGGAGAUGCUCAGCCUGUCCCAGGACCAGCAGAACCCCGUGAGCAUCCAGUUUGACGACCUGGCGUGGCAGUGCCACCUGGCCUCGCUCAAGCCGCUGGGCCUGAACAUCCUGCUGAACCUGUGCAACGCCAGCGUCACCCGCCAGCUGUGCUGCUUCUCCGACCACCUGUCCAACCUGGCCCUGCAGGAGGGGCGCGGGGCCGUGCUGCCGGUGCACAUCCCCUGGGGGCUCUGCGAACUCUCCAGGCUCAUAGGCUUCACGCCGGGGGCAAGGGGGCUGUUCAGACAGGAGAACCACCUGGCUCUGUACCAGCUGCCGGAGGACCCCCACCAGGAGUCGGGGCCGCGGCGCGCGCAGCUCUUCAUCAAGAGGCAGCUGCCCAUCAGUCACCUCAUCUCCCUCCUCGUGAAGGACUCCUCCUCGGACAACGUGCAGAUGCUGUCUCACGGCUCAGCUGACCUCAUCCUGGAGUCCUGCACGGACUUCUGGGACGGGGCCGAUAUCUACCCCCUCUCUGGCUCCGACAGGAAGAAGGUGCUGGAUUUCUACCAGCGAGCCUGCCUGUCGGGGUACUGCUCGGCGUUCGCCUACAAGCCCAUGCAGGUGUCCCUGUCAUCCCAGCUGGAUGGGAAGUGUGUGGAGCUGGCCCCGGGACCCUGCCUGUACUCUGGGCUGGAGCUGCCCUCCACCACCCCCCUCAAACACGGCUCCCGCAGAAACAGCUGGAGCUCUGAUGAGGGUAUAGGGGAGGGGGUGGAGCGUGAGGACUGUGUGCAGGCCCUGAGCGGUCAGAUCUUCAUGGGCAUGGUGUCGUCUCAGUACCAGGCCCGCCUGGACACGGUGCGCCUCAUUGACGCCCUCGUCACCGCCUGCAUCCGCUUCGUCUACUUCUCCAUGGAGGAUGAGCUGCGCAGCAAGGUGUUUGCAGAGAAGAUGGGUCUGGAGACGGGCUGGAACUGUCACAUCUCCCUGACGCCCAACGGGGACUCGCCCUACGACGCCCCCGCCAGCCCCAGCCAGUCCCUGCACGACGACCUCAACCAAGACUCGCGUGACGAGGCUGAGGGCCUGCUGCUCCAGGAGGAGGAGGGCCACUCUGCCAGCUUCCAGCCCACAGACAGCGACGUGCCCAGCUUCCUGGAGGACUGCAACAGGGCUAAGCUACCUCGAGGGAUCCACCAGGUGCGUCCUCACCUCAACAACAUAGACAACGUGCCUCUGCUGGUUCCCCUGUUCACCGACUGCACCCCCGAGACCAUGUGUGAGAUGACGAAGAUCAUGCAGGAGAACAGAGAGGUCACCUGCUGUCUGGGCAGCUCAGCCAACUUCCGGAACAGCUGCCUGUUUCUGCAGAGCGACAUCAGUAUCGCCCUGGACCCCCUGUACCCGUCCCGGUGCUCGUGGGAGACGUUUGGCUAUGCCUCGGGGGGGGGGUUCUGUGGGGAGGUGGAGGGCCUGACCCCCCUGGGGCUGUCGGGCCAGCUCAACACCCUGGGCUGUUCCGUGUCCUUCCACCAGGGGGAGAGCGUGAGCAUGGUCAAACUCAUAGAGCAGGCGCGUCACACCUCUUACGGCAUCCGCAAGUGUUUCCUGUUCCUACUGCAAUGUCAACUGAGCCUCGUUGUCAUCCAGUUCCUGGCCUGCCUGGCCCAGCUUCCUCCACCCAUGAACAUCACUGACAUCCUCUGGCUGUCCUGCUUCAGCUGCCCUCUGCUCAGUGUGUCGUUGCUGGGCAAGCCUCCGGACAGCGCUGUGAUGACCGUGGCCACAGGCAAGAACCUGGAGGCUAUCCCUCGGAAGACGCAGAACUUCUUCCUGCUGUGCUUCCUGUUGCGGUACGGCCUGACCGUGUGUGCCUACCUGCUGGGGUUCGGAUUCACCCUCAACCAGGUGUGUCUCCAUGCCAACAACCUCACCCUGGCCGACAACACCACGGUGUCCUGCUUCCACCUGCUCACCGCCAGCUCGGCGGCGGACGCCCCUCAUUGGUUUGAGGAACUGUCCAAUGGCCUGCUGCUGUCCCAGAAGGUGAUGGCAGGGUUCCUGGUUCUGCACACAGUGUUCAUCUCUCUCAGCUACGUGCAUCGCUCCCAGCCCUUGUGGAGGAAGAGUCCCUUCAGCAACACCUGGUGGUGCCUCACCGUCCCUGUGGUUUUGUUGGGUCAACUGGUUCAGGCUACAGUGGACUACCAGCUGUGGCGAGACCGGUCCAGCCCCCUGACCUUUGACCUGGGCUCUGUCCCCAUGCUGGCCUGGCUGCUGGGGUCUCUGUCCACGCUGCUGGUGGUGCUGCUGAACGAGGCGGUCAAGCUCCACGAGAUACGGGUGCGUGUCCGCUACCAGAAGAGACAGAAGCUCCAGUUUGAAACCAAGUUGGGAAUGAACUCUCCAUUCUGAUUGGUUCCUACAAGGAGCACUGAGGCACGGCAAUACAGGGAACCAGCCUAGUCACUGUUCUCUCAUUUCUCCCCCCCCCCCACCCCACACUCAGAAGCCUCAGCCCCCACCCCUCACCCCUUCACUGACGGCCAGUAGGAGCUGUUGUCUACCUAGACUUUGUUUUAUCACGUUGAAGAUGGAAGGAAAGACACUUUCUGAAAAAGGACAGACAUUAAAUUUAAUUUUAAGGAACCAUUAAGCUUCUUUUUUUUUAACAGCAUGGACAAUGUUGGUUUCUCUCUUUCUUAGACAUCCCUUUCACCUCUCUCUCUCUCUCCAUCUCUUUUUUCCCCUCCUCGUGUUGCUGAGACACCAGCUCUUCUUCUGCAUGUUCUCUGCUCCGCUGUCCUACAGGGUCUCCCCUUCCAGGGUCUACCCUUCCAGGGUCUCCCCCUCUACAGGGUCUCCCUCCAGGGGAUACCCCAUCAAAACACUGUCAGGUCUUUAUCUACUGAAACUCAGUGGGCUUGUCUCACCUCCACAAGGAGCUAGGCCCAAAUCUCCAUGACUGCGCGGAAUGCUGUCGAGGCCUGCCUUCAACUCACAGAUCAUACAUGAAUGUCUAUGUGUCUUUGUUAGCAUCAGCAGCACUGAAUAGCUGUGUAGCCAGCCUAGCCAAGCUGCAGGGAUAGGCAGAUAUGUCUCCGUUCAGGGGUGUAGACUACGCGAUACGCAGGGACUAGCCACACACGCACACACACCAGGAUUUCCUGGACGGCCACUGUGAGGAGUGGUAGGUGGGUGUGGGUUGGCAUUGGGGAUGGGGAGGGACAGUAUACCCACUACUCCAUCCUACACUACACCAUUGCCUCUUCUGAAGGUGUUCUGUAGACAAUGGUGUUGAUAGGGUAGAUGGUGUUGCAAGGUGUGGCUGGGGGAGAGGACAGGGCUGCCUAGAAAAUUGGGAUUCUACUGUUUGUUUGGUUUGAAACUUUUUCUCUAAGCAUUUAACAGCAUCAAAUGGCCUUCUGGAGGCUAGACUGUAACUCUGGUCAGGACUUGAUAUUUGCUAAAUAAGGAUGCAAGACAAUGGUCUCUUUAUUUAUUUCUGUUUUUUUUAAUAUAAAGGGCAAACAAGCGUGUUCUUUCUUUGAUCCCCUUCUCCUGAUCCGAGCUAAAGGGCAAACCUGCUGUAAUGCAAUAAGGAAUGAAGCUAAACUUCACCAUGAAUGAAUCACUUUGUAUAAAUAUAUCUGUGGAAUGUGUUGGCAUGCCACUUUCUUUCUUCUUCCUUCUUUUUGUUACUUGCAGUUGUGUAUCCAAACCAAGAGGAGAUGUGUUUACAUUGUAGAAACCUCCUCUGUGUCGUGGUUCUGUAUAACCCACCCCGCUCAACCUCUCAAGAGAACGAUCCGACAUUUUGGCCCGGAAAAAGUGGAACUCGUCCCCGAGAUCCACUCCGGAACGAGGUGACCAGGUUCCGUGGGUGGUGUUCUAGAAAAGUCAUUGUGAAUGUUGCUUCAUGUCAUUCACUUGCCUUGCUGUUUCUGAUGACACUGACUCGCAGCCAGGCUACCCAUCUACCUGGGCUGUUUGUUUUAUUAAACCCGACAGGCCGUAGAAAUGAUGAUGUAGUGACAUAGAUGGAUUUCUGAUUAGGACUUUCUGCCGAUGUGGACAGGCCUGUCUCAUCGUUCUUUCUGUCUUGUUUGACUGCAUUUGCAAAUUACAGCUAUGUGUUAAGACUACUUCUUCCCAGGUGGUCAUCUGACAGUUCAUUUCCAAGUCGGCCUCUCUCUCUAUGUCUUGUUUUUCUCCUCUGUGUGGCUCUCUGUCUCUCUGUGUCUCUCCCUCACUCUCCUUUCUCUCCGUCUUACUGAAUUUUCGGUCUCUCUCUUUGUCUCUCUCCAGCAGAGCUGCAGUCUGUGUAGGCUCAAUCUAGUGUCUUGUCAUGGCCUUUUUCUAAAGCUGACGUCUGUAUCUUCCAGCACUCCAAACCAGGCAUGUCCGCUAGUUCUCUGUACAGCUGGCGAAUGUCACACUAAUCACAUCCAACAGGGGCUUAUUGGUUUCACUAUGUGGUGCCAUAUCUUUCAGCUCCUUCCUCAGAUGUUGCGUUCUGGUAUGUUCUGCCUCGGCUAUGUAUGAAUGUGGGCCACCAGUGAGAAGGUCAGUGAUGCGCUGCUGACAGGCAGUCACAGACUCAUCCCAAGAUAGCACAACAACAAAAAUGGCCGCCUGGAUUAUCACCUCGGGUGCUGGGUACACCUGUGCCCUUCGUAGGCGCUCUACCCUUUAAGUGUCAUUCUCUUUUUAAGGACAUUAGCUGUAUCGGUUUAAGUGUCAUUCUCUUUUUAAGGACAUUAGCUGUAUCGGUUUAAGUGUCAUUCUCUUUUUAAGGACAUUAGCUGUAUCGGUUUAAGUGUCAUUCUCUUUUUAAGGACAUUAGCUGUAUCGGUUUAAGCGCAGUGGUUGCAUGAUGGGAUGUUGGAAGCGAGAGGGGGGGGGGGGGGUGUUAUAUAAAAGAACUGAACCAAGACAUCAAGGCCUUGCUUGUGUUUAUAAGGGAUGGCAUUGGGCAUGGCUGAAUGAACAAAGGAUUUAGAGGAGAGGAAACUCAAAAGUGAGGUACAGCCAUUUUUAAAAGGAUUGUAUACAGUGCAAUGCAUUUGUGCUUUUGGAUAAUAUAUAUCUUUUUCUUUUCUUACACAACAGGGUGGAAAAGUCUGAGCCCAGCAGUCAAGAUAGUUCUGUUUUGCAGUUGUUUAGAAUUCAAAAUUAUUCUUUUUUUAUUGUAGAUUUUAAAAGUUUGAGUGAAACAUUGAAUCUUUGAAAAUGUACAUGAAUUUCAAAAUAUCUAUGGAUUUGGUGUCCCUUUUUUUACUGACAGAUUACAUGGACUCCACGAGUUUGUGUAAAACCUGAUGACCUGUUAUCUCAGCAUGAUCCGACAAUGUUC